GGGCUCUUGGCGCGCAAGGACCCCAAGCAGCAGCUUGAAGCCUGAGCAGCCUAACUCCGCACCUCCAAACCAACUCGCCUUAACUCAGCCUCGCCGAAGCCGACCGGGCUUGCAGCCGCUUUUGAUCCUAGCAUCCUCUUGAAUUCCAGCUAGAAUGCUGUGGAAAGCACUUCGCAGAUUUGGUCGAAAGCUGGUACGCAGACGUUCACUGGAGCUAGGCAUGGCUGAGUCUCGCCUUGCCAGGUGCCUGAACACUCUGGAUUUAGUGGCCUUGGGUGUGGGCAGCACACUGGGUGCAGGCGUGUAUGUCCUGGCUGGCGAGGUGGCCAAAGAUAAAGCAGGACCAUCCAUUGUCAUCUGCUUUUUGGUGGCCGCCCUGUCUUCUGUGUUGGCCGGACUGUGCUAUGCGGAGUUUGGUGCCCGCGUCCCGCGGUCUGGUUCUGCAUAUCUUUACAGCUAUGUCACUGUGGGCGAACUCUGGGCCUUCACCACCGGCUGGAACCUCAUCCUCUCCUAUGUCAUCGGUACAGCCAGUGUGGCCCGGGCCUGGAGCUCGGCUUUUGACAACCUGAUUGGGAACCACAUCUCUCAGGCCCUGCAAGGAAGCAUCUCACUGAACGUCCCUCACGUCCUCGCAGAGUAUCCGGACUUCUUUGCUUUGGGCCUUGUGUUGUUGCUUACCGCUUUGCUGGCUCUGGGGGCUAGUGAGUCGGCCCUGGUGACCAAAGUGUUCACAGCCGUGAACCUUCUGGUUCUUGGUUUUGUCAUCGUCUCUGGCUUCAUCAAGGGGGACCUGCACAACUGGAAACUCACGGAAGAGGACUACGAACUGGCUGUGGCUGGAGUCAAUGACACCUAUAGCUUGGGCCCUCUGGGCUCUGGCGGAUUUGUGCCUUUCGGGGUCCAGGGGCUUCUGCGUGGAGCAGCUACAUGUUUCUAUGCAUUUGUUGGCUUCGACUGCAUUGCUACCACUGGGGAAGAGGCCCAGAAUCCCCAGCGUUCCAUCCCCAUGGGCAUUGUCGUUUCACUGUUCGUCUGCUUUUUGGCAUAUUUUGGUGUCUCUUCGGCACUCACGCUAAUGAUGCCUUACUACCAGCUUCAACCUGAGAGCCCCUUGCCUGAGGCAUUUCUCCAUGUUGGCUGGGCCCCUGCCCGCUAUGUUGUGGCUGUUGGAUCCCUGUGUGCUCUUUCUACCAGCCUCUUGGGCUCUAUGUUCCCCAUGCCUCGGGUGAUCUACGCAAUGGCGGAGGACGGCCUCCUGUUCCGAGUCCUUGCCCAGAUCCACAGCGACACACACACCCCCAUCGUGGCCACUGUGGUCUCUGGUGUUAUCGCAGCAUUAAUGGCGUUCCUCUUUGAACUCACUGACCUUGUGGACCUCAUGUCAAUUGGGACCCUGCUUGCUUACUCCCUGGUGUCUAUUUGUGUUCUCAUCCUCAGGUAUCAGCCUGACCCGGACAUGAAGAAUGAGGAAGAUGAAUUGGAGUUGCAGGAGGAGACGCCCCCUGAAGCAGAAAAGCUGACCUUACAGGGACUGUUUUGUCCAUGCAACUCCAUCCCCUCUCCACUCUCUGGCCAAGUUGUCUAUGUUUGUUCCUCACUGCUUGCUCUACUGGUGAGUGUCCUCUGCCUGGUGCUAGCCCAGUGGUCGGUUCCGCUGCUGUCUGGAGACCUCGUGUGGAUUGUAGUGGUUGUGGUGCUCCUGACGCUCAUUACUGGGAUUACUGGGGUCAUCUGGAGACAGCCACAGAGCUCUACUCCCCUUCACUUUAAGGUCCCUGCUUUGCCUCUCCUCCCACUACUGAGUAUCUUUGUGAAUGUUUACCUUAUGAUGCAGAUGACAGCUGGCACCUGGGCCCGAUUUGGGGUCUGGAUGCUGAUUGGGUUUGUUAUCUACUUCGGCUAUGGAAUUCGGCACAGCCUGGAAGAGGUUAAGGGUGACCAACCCCCACUCAAGUCUAGGGCCCCAACUCUAGGCCUUGAUCUCAGCCGUUCCUGUACACCGUCGAUUUGACAUCUCGCCUGAAUGCUCUCUGGUCUCCCUGCACAAUAAUGGCGAGAACUCCUGACCACACGGAGAGCUAGGCCUCCAAUGAGAUGGUGGGAGGACAUAAAUAGAGCUUUGCUUUGUGGAGUGAAGGAUGUGUCUCCUGUUUCUUAUCUUUGUUUGGAAACUUGUCUACUUUUCAACUGUGUCUGUAGCUGCUUAC